AUGGUGCUCUGUAGUGGCACUGGUUCUACUUCAGCAGUACUACUGCUACCUGUCCUAGCGGUGUUAGUGGCCGUGGCAUUGCUCGUUCCGGCGCCGGCCUCGGCCGCCGGCGUGGCGGGCGCCUCAGUGCGGGCCGUGCAGCUGGAGGCGUUGCUGGCAUUCAAGAAGGGCGUCGUCGAGGACCCGCUCGGCACGCUGUCCGACUGGACGGUGCGGGCAGGCGGCGUGCCGCGGCACUGCAACUGGACCGGCAUCGCCUGCGACGGCGCGGGCCGCGUCACGUCCAUCCAGCUGCUCGAGACCGGGCUCCGGGGCACCCUCACGCCGUUCCUCGCCAACAUCUCCACGCUCCAGGUCCUCGACCUCACCUCAAACGCCUUCGCCGGCCCCAUCCCGCCGCAGCUCGGCCGGCUCGGCGAGCUCGAGGGGCUCAUCCUCACCGUCAACGGCUUCACCGGCGGCAUUCCGCCGGAGCUCGGCGACCUGGGCAGCCUGCAGCUGCUGGACCUCUCCAACAACUCCCUCAGCGGCGAAAUCCCCAGCCGCCUCUGCAACUGCUCCGCGAUGUGGGCGCUCGGCCUCGAGUUCAACAACCUCACCGGCGAAAUCCCCUCCUGCAUCGGCGACCUCUCCAACCUCGAGAUAUUCCAGACGUACGUGAACAAUCUCCACGGCGAGCUGCCGCCGUCGUUCGCGAAGCUCACGAAACUCAAGACACUGGACCUCAGCGCCAAUAACUUGUCCGGCCCGCUUCCGCCGGAGAUUGGCGAAUUCUCGCACCUCUGGAUCGUCCAGCUGUUCCAGAACAGCUUCUCCGGCGAAAUACCGCCGGGGCUCGGCCGGUGCAAGAACCUGACGCUGCUCAACAUAUAUAGCAACAGGUUCAGCGGCGCGAUCCCUCGCGAGCUCGGCGAGCUGGAGAACCUGAAGGCGCUGCGUCUGUACGACAACGAGCUAUCAUCGGCGAUCCCGAGCUCACUCGGGCGGUGCAAGUCUCUGGUGACGCUCCAGCUCUCGCGAAACAAAUUGACCGGAUCGAUCCCGCCGGAGCUCGGUGAGCUCCGAUCGCUCCAGUCACUGUCGCUCCAUGCCAACCGGCUCACCGGAACGAUUCCAUAAGUCUCGUAUGUAUUGUGAUACAUGGAAUAGCAAGGCCCCAACAAGAUGCGAUGCGCCAAGCACGACA